UAUUUAUUGUUCUUCACUCUCUCCUCGGUACCUACACCUCUCCCACUCACUGUAAAUCAUUCCCCAACAACCUCUUCGGUUCUCCCACUGGUGCUCUACAACUGCUUUUUUUCUCAAUGUUUUCUCCUUUCCUCUGCAAUUUGAAAUCCGGUUCUCUCCCCUCUUCACAGUCAUCAUCCUCUCCCUCUCUUCCUGUUGCCUAACCCAUAAAAAGCUCCUCAUCAUCUUCUCUGCCACAUAGAGUGCCUCCACCGCCGCCGAAAACGAUGCCAUUUCACACUCCGAGCCCCAAUCCCCCGUUUUCUACCCCUCCCCCUCUCUGUUCCGUUCGUAUUCCCCCAUGCGCGCCGCCGCGAAUUCCGAUCCCGAAGGUCCCUCGGGAAGAAACCCCCUCCUCCAACGAAACCGCCACGGUGAAUUUACUAGGCUCAGAUUUAUCUACGCAUGCCUUCCCCAUUAUGUUUCUUUGCAGAAUCCCUUGGUCCUUCGGAAGAUCUGUUUUCUUGAUACGGUUCCAAUGUUUGGUGAGGGAAGCAUCAUUUGCUGUGCUACGAAUUUGGAGACCAAAGAACCGGUUGCAAUCAAGAAGAUUGGGAACGCGUUUGAUAAUAUGAUUGAUGCUAAGAGGACUCUCAGAGAAAUCAAGCUUCUCUGUCACAUGGACCAUGAUAAUGACUUUCAUGCACCAGUUCUACUCUAAUGUGUGAGUCUUUCAUGCACCAGUUUUACUCGGAUCUGGAUCCUCUCCAGCAAAUAAUUCUGUCCAGCCCCUCCAGCAGUAACACUAACCGUCAGAUGCAUCUAAUGGUUCAGAAAAUUAACUACAAUAAAACACCUAAAAAAUAAUUAAACAUUAAAUGACAGCCCUAUGAUGUAUCUAACGGUGGAAAAAAUAAUACCCAAUUCACAGAAAACCCAAUUCACGCUUUCUUCUCCCUCGGGAUUUGGGUUUAACACCCCACCCAUUAGGCCCCCCGCCCCACCUUGGGGGGCGAAAUUACUAGAAAACCAGUUGAUUAAAAACGGUAAAUGAUUACCCGACUCUAUAACGGGUAAUCAUUUACCGAUCGUGUUUAAAACAUAUAAACACGACAGUUUGGGUUUUGAAACCCAUUAUUUCAAAACCCAAAUUUCCCUCCCUCAAUCGCAUCCUCUUCAAUCAUCUCAAGGUCGGUUCUAAUCAUCAUCAAAGCUCCCACAAAGACCCACAAUUACAUUCAAAAGAUAGCGAGAAUGAAGGGCGGGAGGAAGAGGUCACGACAUGCUUCUACUAGUGAGGAUCCAGCGGAUCGACACGAGCGCUUGCAUGCUUCUACCAGGCGCGGCGACCAUAUUGCAGCCACUCAGGCGGUAGAGGCUUCAGCUCCGUCUCCAUCCCCAUCUGCUACUCCGGUCGAGGCUCCGUUAGCUACCCCGGCUCCAUCUGCUACUCCGGUCGGGGCUCCGUCAGCUACCCCCGCUCCGUCUGCUACUAGGGCUCCGGCUGAGCUGGACCCUGCUCCAUUGUCUCCGAUGGCUGAGUUACCUCGUCAGGAGACAUCUUCUUCUGAGCCUAGUGGCGAGGAGUCUUCUUCUUCUUCUGAGCUUAGUGGUGAGGAGGAGGAGCCUCUUAUUCUGCAGGAGGAGAUUGAUGCUGCUGAUGUUAUGCCAGAUGUGGUGCCAGAGGGCGGUGUAGAGGGCGGUGCGGAUGACGACCUCAUCCAGAGGGUGGCACCGUUUCCCGGGGGGCCUGAGGAUCUGUCGCUUCUUGCGCAUUAUCCUGACCACAAGGCUCCUUGGACGUGGCAGGCACUUCUUCGCACAGACCCGCGGUACGUGGACCGUCGGACAUUGAGGGUGGCCACUGUUGGGGGGAAGGUAUGGAACCUCCCCUGUGAUGGCGAUUCAGAGGCCCACACACAUGUGCGACAGCUGCUGCAGCAGACGGGUUUGUAUCACCUACCUUGGUGCGGGUUACCGGAGACAGACCCAGCUGUCGUACUGGCCCUUGUUGAGAGAUGGCAUGAGGAGACGAGUAGCUUCCACAUGCCGUUCGGGGAGAUGACUAUCACCCUGGACGAUGUGUCUGCUCUUCUCCAUCUUCCCACAGGGUCGAGGUUCUACACUCCGGGCAGAGGGGAGCGAGACGAGGUUGCAGCGCUCUGCGCCCAGCUCCUGGGAGGAUCUGUUGCUGCUUAUCUGGCUGAGUUUGAGUCGGCGGGUGGCCAGAACAUUCGGUUCAUUACUCUGAAGACCAUGUACACGUCUGCUAUGGAUGGGGGACGCUAUGAGGAUGCUGCUAGGAUCUGGCUGGUGAACCAGCUUGCUGCCACCCUCGUUGCCAGUUCCUUCGUUGGUACCCAGGGAGUUGCCUUUUCUGCUAUUCGAGGAGCCGCAGCUGCGGGAGGCAGAGCUCGUGGAGGCAGACCCCGUGGAGGCGGAGCUCGUGGAGGCAGAGCUCGUGGAGAGGGUGAUCCUGGAGAGGGUGUUCGUGGAGGUCGAGCUCGUGUACCCAGAGGUCGCAGGGGGCGGGGUCGGGGAGAGUGAUUUUAUUACACUUGUUAUGUGGGAUCCAUUAUUAUGUAUAUGUUAGGACUUUUUAUGUUAUGUUAUGACUCUUGCCUCGUUUUAUUUACAUGUGUUAUAUUUUUAGUCUUAA